GACGGCUCUCCUUACCCAUAGUAAGGAAAGACCAGCGGAGAACGACGACGUGAAAAUCGAACUUUAAGCCACCCUUUUACGUACUACACCAACGCCAAAUAAAGGAGGCGUUGACUACACCGACGCUACAGGCGCAGGAAGAUAGGAGGGCCCAGGUUGCCGCGACGUUUUGAACGUUUUGAACCUUUAAGCACCACCAUCUACAGGUUCUGUGCCAUUAUCCUUAAUCGAGGUGGUGUGGUCUGUGCUGUGGUCACCGCAUGUGAAUCGAGUGUUGUGCUUGUGCCUUUUGUGCGCCUAGCUAUUCAACAGAUUUGCAAGUCACACAGCCCUUCGAUGCAUGCGACUACUGAGGAGGCGUGAAAGUAUCGCAAGCUAUCGUGAAGUGCGUGAACUAGCUUGCUGUUAGCCAGUGCGCAGCAGAAUGAACAAUACUCUAGUCGGGCACAUGAAGUUGUCAGCGGCACGUUGGUGAGUUUCAGCGUCACAUUUGUUGUUGACACUGACAGCAAUGUGUGUGGGCUCUAUAAACAUUGUGACAAAGUUCCGUUAACUGGAGUUAUUCACCCUGCAUAUUCUGUUAAAGCCUCGUCGACACUGCGUUCUUUAACAAAGUCGCUUCGCACGUGAGUGCAGCCACAGAAAAAGGAUUGCCAUCAUGAGCGAGGAUGAUGCUGUUGGAAGUCAGAGCACCGUAGAGAAAUGUCGUAGACGAAAAAAGAAGCGCCAGCCACCUUUGUGUACUGCAUCACCAACUACUGAGGCAAACCCAACUUUCAUUGAGGAAGCGGACAGUAUUAACAAAAAGAGCACGAAAAAGAAACAUUGGGAAAUCAUUUAUGAUAUUGAUGAGCACAGUGAAGGAAAAAAGAAACAGAAACGUAGGAAAAAAUACGAGGGCGUUUCAGGGGAAAAUUCUGCUUUUGUUGAAACAGAAAUAUUUUCUGACGAACAUCCUGCAAUCUUAAAACCUCGCUUUUUCGCUAGUGAUGCAAUUGCGGAGGCGAGUCGAGGAGAAAGGAAACACAAGAAGGUGAAAAAACUAAGGUUGUAUGAAGGUAGCAACGAAGUUGUGCAGGUGCCCCGUGUUCAACAAACUGAGGUAGACACUGAAGUUCAUGGCAAUAAUGUAGAAUUACUUUAUGAAGGUCAUGAGCAUGAAAGAAAGUUGAAGAAAAAGAAGGAUGACCGAACUUGCAAAUAUUAUGUCACAGACCACAAAACAGUAAAAAAAAAAAAGCAUAAAGCACAGCAUGGCAUCUGUGGUACUGAGAUUGGCACGCUGCUUUACAGUGGCAAAACUCGUGAGUAUGACACUGCAAUGUCAAUUGCUGAAGAUGACCAUGCUAAACUUGAAGGUGAAAAUGAAGCCGUAAUCUCUGAUGCAGGCAAUAGCCAAUGUCAAACUUCAGGGACUCCAUCCAGAAAAAGGUACAUUCAGGCAGACAGAAGUGCAGAUCAGCAAAUGAAAAAUGUUAAGGACAACAGUACUCAUAACCGUGAAAGUAGUGCACUGCUAUCUUGCAUGGACGAUCUAAACUGCGAUGUGGCAUCUCAACAUGAAAAGAAAAUUUACAAAAGUGUUGCUGAAGGACAUGUUGAUGCAGCAGAGAAGAUACUUCAUUUAAACCCUGGUCACAAGUGGCCAAGUGAAGUUGGUAUAGAAAAAUCACUUCUUUGGGAGAUUGAUGAAGACCCAUAUCAAUGUAAUGAUGCUGACACUUAUACACGGAAGGACACAAGCCAACCAAAAGCUCUGAAGAUUUCCUCACAGAAAAAGAAACGGAAGCUGGUUAACCUAAGUGAUGAUGUUGCAUUUCUUCUGAAUAUCCAAUCUGAUAUCAAUGUGGAUUUACCUGAGGCAAUGCAGAACACGUCACCAGUGCUGGUACCGGAGGACUGCGGUACUGUGCAAAGUGCAGAUGCCAGUUAUGCAAAGAAAAAUCUGAAGCUUCACAGCUCCCGAAAAUUGGGAAAUGGCAUGUCAAAAGCAGGUGCGGUCAAUUUUACUUCUGUGUCCCCAAGACUUGAAAGUGCUUUAACAGGGGAAAGUGAUGCUCUGUUUAACAGCAAAGGCAGUGAUCCUGACACAUGUGGUGGGGACAUGUCUAAUGGUAUCGUACCAGAGCAGACACAGCACGCAGCUUCCUCAUCAAGCCUUUCUCCGGGCAUGUCUGGUUCAAAAAAACGUACACCAAUGUCUAAAUCUGACAUUCUACUGAAGCCAAGCAAACAGAACCAUGUGGAAAAAACUGCAGCAUUAAAUGAGCCAUGUUUUGACCUAAUUGAUGCAGCUCCAUCAGAAGCAUUUCGCAAGCAUGGAGAAGAGUCAAGCUCUCCUACUGAUCCGGAAUUUUUGGAAUACUUGAAUGGCAAACACGGCUUCCCUUCCAUCCACGACAAAACGAAGCCAUCACAAGAAGCAAUAAGGCGCUACAAGGAAGAGACAGGGCUUACUAUUGAUUAUGGAAAGUACACAGCUAAGGAGGACCGCACUCUGCUCAGGAACAUUUACGACAUAGCUAACUAUUACAGCAUUCGUUACCCUUACAUGAUUGUGGGACACUGUGGACAUCAUGACAAGGCUUUACAGAAGGAAGUCAAAGACUUGGUUAAAAAAGAGAAGCUGCUGCGAAUAUUGGGGAGAGGACUGCCACGCAGAACGAUCCAUUCAGCAUAUAUGCGGGCUCGUAUUCUGUUGAAUCCUUUAGGCCCUGGUGCAAAGGCAGUCCUAACUCCAGAGCAGAAGAAGCAGGUGCUGCUCCUGUAUGACAGGGUUGGACCAAAAUGGACUGAUAUGGCACAGAAGAUGGGCCUCGCAGCAGAGCAGCUGAGAAGUGCUUUUCGUUUCUUCAAGGAGAAAGAGAGUUUUGCAACUGGCAAGUGGGAAAGAUCAGAAGAUGACCUUCUCAAGGAGGCAGUUGAACUUCAGACUUGUGAUGUCAAGGCAAAACUGAAGGACAUUGACUGGCAUGCAGUUGCACGUCAUGUACAAAGUCGAAAUGCAGUUCAAUGUAAGAGGCGAUGGACCUUGAGACAGCAGGGACUUCAGGCUGUGAAUAGGAAGCGGAAGUGGAACAGAUUUGACUCUAUUCACCUGAUCUGCAUAAUGCAUGAGCUCCGUGCACUCAGGUCAUCUGAAGUUGACUGGGAAACUGUAGGAGAAUCAUUUCCAUGGGCCCCAUCUCCCUUGGUUGCCAAGUAUCAUUGGGAAAGCACACUGAAUUUUUAUCUCCCACCAGACAAGCGCAAGGAUUUUCAGUCUAAGGUAAAGAAUCUAUACAAGAUAGCUCUGCCAUCACUGCUUGAAAAAUAUGGGAAAGGAAAAACUUUGGAAGAAAUUAUAGCGCUCUCCAAGGCACCCUCCCCCUGAAAAGGUACCUAGAAAAGGCCAUGGCAACAUAUUUGGCCUGCACUCAGCAACUUGGUUGGCUCACUUGUAUUUGUGAAACUGCUUUUUCUGUUUUACUUUACCCAUCUCAUUGACAGAUCAGUAUUGUGCGUCUUAUACAUUAUGAAUUUUCAUAAGCAUGUAAAAUAAACUUUUUUGUUUACAUUGUUUAA